AUGUGUUUAAACAAGCUCCAGAAACGGCAGAAAAAAAACGGUGUCCAAAUGAUUAUUCCUCGGCGUGUUAAAAAUCAAAUACAUCGUGAAAAUUAUGCAGGCAGCCCAGAAGCAUAUUAUCGUAAAUCGAUAUUUAUUCCAUUUUUAGAUAAUUAUCUGGAUCAAUUAAGCUCAAAAUUUCUUGACCAUAGUACACUACUUUUAAAAAUACAGAAUAUUUUGCCGUCAAAAUGUAUAACGUUGGAUACAGAUGGAAUUGAAGAAACAGCACACACUUUAAUAACAGAAUGGCAAAAUGAGAUACUUGGAACAUCAGAGGACCAAAUUGCCAAAAUAGUUAUGUGA